CAGUUCUCAUGCUACUUGCAAGCAGCACAUUAGAAGGAGCUCCAGCAAAGCGCACAGAGGAUGAACGAACCCUACAGCCCUGCGAUGCCCCGACCCAUCAGUGGCACCUCAGCCAGUACCAUGAAAAUGUUCAUGGGCUUCCUCGCUGUAUUUAUUGUAGCACAAAUGAUUGGGACAGUACUCUUCUGUUUGUAUCUUCACAUGAAGAUGGAUAAGAUGGAAGAGGUGUUGAGCUUAAAUGAAGAUUACAUCUUCCUGAGGAAAGUACAGAAAUGUCAGACAGCAGAAGGUCAGAAGUCGACAUUGUUGGACUGUGAAAAAAUUUUAAAGGGCUUCCAGGACCUCCAGUGCAAGGAUGGGGGAGCCAGCAAGGGGCAGCCCAAGUUUGAAAUGCAGAAAGGCCAUGAGCACCAUGAGCAUCCCCAUUUGAUGCACAAGAACAAUACAUCAGUGGCAGCAGAGAAGAGGCAGCCAAUUGCAGCCCACCUGACAGGUCAGAAGAGCAGCAAGACAGUCUCAGUGCUAGAGUGGAAGACAACGAUGUAUGGCCCCAUGAACAACAACUCAAUAUCCUACCAGGAGGGGAAACUGAAGGUGAAGGAAGCAGGCCUCUACUACAUCUACUCCCAAGUCAGCUUCUGCACCAAGGCAGCGACUUCAGCACCCUUCACCCUCUAUAUUUAUUUGUAUCUCCCCAUGGAAGAGGACCGGCUCUUGCUGAAGGGACUAGACACACACAGCACCUCCAAGUCUCUCUGUGACCUCCAGUCUAUACGGGAGGGAGGCGUCUUCAAGCUCCGGGAAGGUGACAUGGUCUUUGUGAACGUGACAGACUCAACGCAAGUGAACUACAACCAUGGCAGCACCUACUUUGGCAUCUUCAAGCUGUAG